AUGGGUAACAUUUUCGGGAAUUUGCUGAAAAGUCUUAUUGGAAAGAAGGAGAUGAGGAUUUUAAUGGUGGGGUUGGACGCAGCUGGAAAGACUACGAUCCUCUACAAGCUCAAACUGGGGGAAAUAGUCACCACCAUCCCCACGAUUGGGUUUAAUGUGGAGACGGUGGAGUACAAGAACAUCAGCUUCACCGUGUGGGAUGUGGGCGGGCAAGACAAGAUCCGCCCCCUCUGGAGACACUACUUCCAGAACACACAGGGUCUGAUCUUUGUGGUGGACAGUAAUGACAGGGAGCGUGUGAAUGAGGCAAGAGAGGAGCUGAUGAGGAUGCUGGCAGAGGAUGAACUGAGAGAUGCUGUGCUCCUUGUGUUUGCCAAUAAACAGGACUUGCCGAACGCCAUGAACGCCGCCGAGAUUACGGACAAGCUGGGGCUGCACUCCCUGCGUCACCGUAGCUGGUAUAUCCAGGCCACGUGUGCCACCAGCGGUGAUGGCCUCUAUGAGGGCCUAGACUGGCUGGCCAACCAGCUCAAGAACAAGAAGUAAGACGAGGGCACGAAGAGCGAGCCGGGCCCAUCGCCGGGGAUGUUCUUUCUGGGGGGGAGGUACUGGGUGCGGGCUAAGUGCGAGGGAUGAACAGGGUUGUGGUCGCUAGGUGCAAGGCAAGAUUAUCGGGGAAUGGACAUUUUAUUUCGUUGUUUUCGGUCUGUCGAGGUCCUGGAUCAUUCUUCAGUGCUUGUUGAAAGCCGAUUCUCACGCGCUCCAUCUUUAACCACUCACUCAUACACAAACGAACAAGUACGACAAGC